CUCGACUUGGGCUCGCUCCGGCGUCCUGCUCUGCCGUGAUGCCCGCGUCGUCCCCUCCAUAUAUACAGCAGCGCGCCGCUCCUCUCCUUUCCUCCUCGCGCAGCCUGCGAUCUCACGUCCGACCAAACCAGCAGCAGGAUGCUCAUGACCGCCAUGCACAUGGACUCCACCCACGCACCAUCCUCCUCCCCCACCUCGCCGCCGUGGCUCCCCGUCCUUGCCGACCACACUCACCAGCUUCUCUACGACUUGACGGCUUCUACUCCCUCCCCCUCCCCCGCCUCCGCGCCGCCGCGCCACCACCUCCGCCACGCUGCUCCGGCGACCCGCCGCGCAGCCAAGCGCCGCCCGCGCCCGUCGCGCCGCCUGCCCACCACCUACAUCAGCGCCGACCUCGCCAGCUUCCGCCGCAUGGUCCACCAGGUCACCGGCGCUGACGACCUGCCUCUCCCGCCGCCCGAGGUCCUCCACCGACCGGCGCCCACCCGCAAAGCUUUGGGCCCCGGCACCGGCGCGCUGGUGCUGCCGACGCUGGACACGUCGGCCUUCCUGCUCGGCACGGCCGGCGUGCCCGCCCGGGCGGGCGCUCUGUGCGACGCGUCGGCUGUGUUGGCGCCGGCGCCGGCGUUGGAGGUGGAGGCGGAUGGUGGAGGAGGACCGGCUUACAACAGUAGUGCCGGCAACUGUGGCUUCCCGACAUUGGACUCGUGGGAUCCUCUGUUCUAAACAACUUUCUCUGCACGCAUGAUGUCUGUUGCUGCCUGCAGUAAGCUCGAGUAAUCAAAAGAUGAUCAGAUGAUCCACAAGCAUCUUGUCAGAUUACUUUCUGUUCUUAAUCUGAGCUUGUAAAGAAUAGAUUUUCUGAAGGAAGUAUAAAUUUUUACACCUCGUCAUACAGAGCUCUCUCCCUGAUGUUUUUUCAUAA